GGCCCCUCAACUCGUCAUCGACAUUAACCAUACCACUGUGUUGGUGGAAGCGCAGAAGCGAAGCCUGGUAUUAUUUCGAGGGAGAAAUGGUUCCGGAUCCGCUAUCCGAGAGGAGGACCUUUGGCAGGGUGGGCUGCACAUGCUGGUGAUAAACCCACACACCAGCCAGGUCACCUUCAAGCCAGAUGUUCCAGACGAGCGACUUUGGGGGUCACCGAGACCUCUCGUGGUCGCUGCGGACCAUCCAGCACGGUAGACUUGUCGUCCUGACCUCCGUGCACGAUGGCUCGCUGCACUUGGGGCCAGCAAGGCAAAACCUCCACGCCCUUGGGUCUGAAUGGGCACUCCACUACCUCUUCAGGGACUCCUGGGCAUGGGUCUUCUUUAUGGGUGGCAGAACCCUGGCGGAGACCAUCAAUCCUAACAUGGGGAAUUCGAGCGUAGCCGCUUCGCCUCUGAUGCUGCGGGUCGAAAUUCCCCAGUCGUCACCUGCAGAAAGCAGAUUUGCAGAAACCGUAAGUCCUAUCAUGGAGAAUUCGAGUGUGGCCGCUUUGCCUUUGCUGCUACGGGUCGAAGUUCCCCGAUCGUCGCUUGGAGAAGAAAUACUUACAGAAAGCAUCGGUCUUAGCAUGGAAAAUUUCAGUGUGCCCACCUCGUCUCUGCUGCAACAGGGACAGAGUCCCAUAUCAUUACAUGAAGAACCAUUUUCAGAAAAAGGGGAUCAAAGAUCAAAAAUUCAAAAGGUCACAAAAGACCUGCCUGUAAAAGGCAAAGAACAAAAAGAGACGCCGAGGACUGGAGCAAAAGCGGAAGGAAGAGAUAAAGAAUUAAAAAAACAUGAAUCACUUAAUGAGGAAUCACUCUACAAAGGGAAAACAGGAAACACAUUAGACACUAUAGGAAUGCUGGAUAAUAGUGAUGACGUCGUGAAGAAUGGCACCCAAUGGGACCAGCACAAGAAAGAAGAAAUCAUGAAGAAGGACACGGUAAAGGCUGUCGAUGAAGUGAUGGAGGGUGAAGCCAUGACCCCACUGGAGAGAAGAUAUCCCCAUCAUCAUUCUGGCUGGCAACAGAACCCGCUAUCUCUACAGGUAAGAUAG